UUGUUUUCUGGAAACUGCAAUUCACUGACAGAUAGACAGAAGUAUGAUGUCCAAGAAGAGUAUAACGCUGAUCAACAUGAACCCGCCAUAUGAAAUGAAGGCGACAACGCUGAUGAUGGCGGCGCCUCAUUGCACAACUGGCGUCCAGCAAGUUUUGGUCUACGAGACCGAGAUCCGCAUUCGCGAUUUGGUAGCAGGCGCGGCUGUUGAGACGAACAAGCCACUAAGCGUCGCAUCAUUCGACGCCAUCUACGCCGAUUCUCAUACGGUAGUCAUUCCCGACGCCAUGUUCACCGAGAAAAGCAAAGUGUUCAAAAGUGAAGCCUUUGUGAAGCAUGGUAUGGAAGCCCUCGGAAGCUUCCAAAAGGCAGGUGGAAACGUGAUCGUAUUUUGCGUGGAGGGGACUUUGGUCAUUGGUGAUACUCUAAACCGCCUUUUCGGGACUAAGUGGAAGAUCAAAUUUUUUGAAUCGGCGGCGGUCGAAGCGACAGAUCUAGCGAUGGCUACGUUUGGACGAUUUCUACCGAUGCAAGCGCAUUUGAAGGAUGGAUCAUACUUUAUAGAUUGCCCGAAUAAGGAAGGCUUGUAUAGGCGAAUAAUGAACGACAAAAAGACUUUUGAAGAAAAUUUUCACGCGGAAGACGCCACUUUCGAAAAGCUGGGGAUCGAAAAAGACGAAACUAUGGAUUGUUUCAACAUUGAAAAAAGCUGGGAAAACUAUGUGAGUAAGUACACCAAUCGCUAUUGUAUCGCACUUCACCAAGGGAGAUACAUGGAGGGACAUGUUGUUUGGUACGGCGACCGGGGCCAGAGUGAUACUAUGGCAUAUCUCUUUUGUAAAAUGCUCAAUCUUGGCAGUGUCAGCCCGGAUCCUAGCGAUACUGUCAAAACAAAAUCAAAAGAAAAGAAUGGGCUUGAUCUAGCGAUUCUUUUACCGCUCGUUGCGAUCAUUGUUGCAGUUUUAACGCGCUACAUCACUUCAAAAUAA